UCAAAGAAGGCAAAAUUCUUCAUAGCAUCAUUUAGAAUUAUGCAAAUUUAAUAUUUUAAAUUUUUAUGAUACUAUUGCACAAGGCGAAUUAUAGCCUUGUCCUAUCCUAUUUAAUCUUAAGCUAAAAAUGAACUGCUUUCAGGCGACCCGUGGUUAUGUUCAUAAUUUAAGGACUAAAAGUUAUCGUUUCUACAGUGUUGUUUACAGUUCUCGUAUAAAUCAUUUCAACAGGGUAUCAUGUAGUACCAGUGUACCAGUUUAUAAUAACUUUGCCGAUUUAACAAAUAAAAAACGAUGCUUUUCAAUGGAUUCUAUAGUUAAAUGGCAAGAACAAACAUACAUGAGCAUCGCCAAUAGUACAGCGGUAAAUGUUAUGCAAGAUGGUUUGCUGUAUUUCCAUGAUGCUACUGGCUUUUCAUGGUGUACUACAAUAGUCGCAUCUACAAUUUUAGUUAGAACUCUUAUGACUGUCCCAUUGUCAAUAUACCAAAAUUACAUAUUAGCUAAAGUAGAGAACAUUAGCUUUGAAUUAAAAGAACUCGGCAAUGAGUUAAAGAAGGAAACUGCGGCAGCUAAGAAAAUGCUUAAUUUAACAGACAAACAAGCUGCAAUUUUAUUUAGACAUUCAAUCAAAAAACAAUGGAGCAAGCUUGUUGUGAGAGACAAUUGCCAUCCGUUAAAAGCAACCAUGGUUAUAUGGUUUCAAAUUCCGUUUUGGGUUUGCAUGUCAUUUGCUCUAAGAAAUUUAGUAAACAUGAAUCCUCCAGGCUCAUCUGCAAUGGUGACAUUCAUGGAGCUAUCAACUGGGGGAUUUGGUUGGAUACCUAAUCUAACUGUAUCAGACCAUUCUUACAUUCUUCCGGUCGUUUUUGGACUUACAAAUUUAGCAAUUAUUGAAAUACAAACUAUGUCAAAACUGAGACAACCAUCAAAACUGUACAACAUUUUCACAAAUGUGUUCCGAGUGUUUUCAGUAGUUUUGAUACCAAUUGCUGCAAAUGUGCCAUCUUGUAUGUGUCUAUAUUGGGUUACCUCUAGUUUGUUUGGUUUAAUUCAAAACUUAACCCUCCUCUCUCCAUCAUUGAGAAGGAAAUUAAAGAUACCAGAGGCACCAAGUGAACUUGAACAUCCAUAUAGUCAUAUAAAAGAUGAAUUCAGUCAUAAAGUACAGAGACUAUUAUCAAAAAAACCUCAAUAGUUGUAAUAAAUUUGAGUAAAAAAAACUUAAAA